AUGUCUAUCGUGGCAGCUCCUGCUCCGGGCCGCGGCCCCUCCACCAUUGACAAGAUGAAAAUGGGUGCCUUGAUGGGCGGAUCUGUUGGCGCAAUCAUGGGCUUUAUUGUUGGAACCGUCACCAUUUUCCAAUACGGAGCUGGACCCAACGGUGUUAUGCGCACGCUGGGCAAGUACAUGCUUGGCUCAGGUGCAACCUUCGGUCUCUUUAUGUCCAUUGGCAGCGUUAUCCGAAACGAAGGACCACACAACGACGCCUGGCUCCGCGCUCGUGGCCCCCCAAUGAUGCUUCCUCGGCAGUACCCGAUUCGGCGAUCCAGUCAAUAA